UUCAACGAAUAAUAAUCUUCCAUCCACAUCAUCAACAUUGAUUGAACAACAACAACAACAACAGCAGCAGCAGCAAGAACCAGGAUUAGGUUCGGAUGCUGAAAUAUCAUUGCCGAUGACACCUGAACCACCGGAUUCAACAACAAGAGAAAAUGAAGAAGUGGUCGAAAUAAUUGAACCAAUACCAGCAUUUUUAGAUUCAACAUCACCAAAUCGUCGUUAUAGGCCACGUUCAAUAAGUCAUCUACCGUAUAAAAGAAAUAGUGAACGUCGUUUACAAAAAUUUCGUGAUAAACAAAUUCGUUCCACAUUAAAUCGUACAGUAUCAACAGAAUCAUUGAUUAAUCACGAUGCAAAUAAUGAUACCGAUGAUCAUAAUAAUGAUCAGGAUCUGAAUGCAACGAAUCAUCCACAUCAUACGCAUCAUAAUGUACAGAAUGGUGAUGCAAAUAAAACCAUAACAUCGGUGGUAUCAAUGACAUCCACCAUUUCACAAUCGGUAUCACGACGAAUGUAUCAUCAAAAAAGUCUUGGUUACGAAAGUCUUGAUUAUGAUAUUUGUGAAAAUAUGUUACAUUUAGAAGAAGAAAAUAAUGCCCGACGUAAAGGACUUGGUAAUCAUUAUUUGGAAUUCACUAGAUGGCUUGUCAUAUUUUUCAUUGGUGUAUUGAUCGGAUUGACUGCCUGUUGCAUUUUAUACAGUGUGGAAACAUUGACUAAUUAUAAAUAUCAAAAAUUAAUGAAUCUACUUAAUUCAUCGAAUCCAAAUUCAAUGAUAAAACCGUACAUUAUUUGGUUGUUAACAAAUGGCAUACCAGUAUUUCUUGGCUCUUGGCUGGUCACCUAUAUGGCACCGGUUGCUGCCGGUUCUGGUAUACCGGUUAUAAAAUGUUAUCUAAAUGGUGUUAAAGUUCCUGAAGUUGUACGUGUUAAAACAUAUUUUGCUAAAAUGUUUGGCGUCAUUUGUUCAGUGGUUGGUGGAUUGGCCUGUGGAAAAGAAGGUCCAAUGAUUCAUUGUGGUGCAACAAUUGCUGCCGGUAUUUCUCAAGCAAAAUCCACCACAUUUAAUUUGAAUUUUGAAAUUGGAUUAUCAAGAUUCCGUGAAGAUCAUGAAAAACGUGAUUUUGUUUCUGCAGGUGCUGCUGCCGGUGUUGCUGCUGCAUUCGGUUCACCAUUGGGUGGUGUAUUAUUCGCUCUGGAAGAAGGCGCAUCAUUCUGGAAUCAACAGCUUGUUUUACGUAUAUUUUUCUGUUCAUUGGUUUCAUCAUUCACAUUGAAUUCAGUGGUGUCCGUUUUCAAUGGUGAACGGAUGGGUAGUCCAGGAUUAUUGAAUUUUGGAAAAUUUCAAGAUAUUGAUUAUAGUUUUUAUGAGAUUCCAUUAUUUGCUGCUAUGGGUGUAUUCGGUGGCAUCACUGGAGCGUUAUUCAAUUUAUUCAAUAUGAAAUUAACUAUACUACGACAACGAUGGCUGGAAAAUCGUCGCUUGUUACGAGUCGCCGAAGCUGUAUUUGUAUCAUUACUUACGGCAACCAUUGGAUUUGCAUUGAUGAAUGUUUGGAGUGAAUGUACGCCAGAAACAACGGAAGAAACACAAUUCCCUGUAACAUAUGGUUGCCAAAAAGGACAACACAAUGUAAUGGCAGCACUUUGGUUUAAUACACCAGAAGCCACGUUGAAGAAUUUAUUUCAUAACAAAGAUGGUGCAUGGAAUAUCAGAUCGUUGACAAUAUUUGUGAUAACAUAUUUUUUUAUCUCAUGUGUAACAUAUGGUUUAUCCGUAUCUAGUGGCCUAUUUAUACCCGGAUUAAUGUUGGGCGCAACAUGGGGCCGUUUAGUUGGUAUUGGAUUAUCCUAUGCAUUGCCGAAUGAAACAUGGAUACAUUCGGGAAAAUUUGCUUUGAUUGGUGCAUCAGCUAGCCUUGGCGGUAUUGUACGUAUGACUAUAUCAUUAACUGUGAUAUUGAUUGAAACUACGGGAAAUCUUUCAUUCGGUUUACCCAUCAUGAUUACCGUGUUCACUGCUAAAUGGGUUGGUGAUUGUUUCAAUGAAGGUAUCUAUGAUAUACACAUUGAUCUAUCGAAUGUACCGUUUCUUGGUUGGCAACCACCAUCCGAUUCAAGUCGAAUAUUUGCAUCCGAAGUAAUGCAUAGUCCAGUGACAUCAUUACAAGUACGUGAAAAAGUUCGUAAUGUUGUCCAAAUAUUGUCUUCCACACAUUAUAAUGGAUUUCCAGUAGUGGACGAGAAUACCAUCCAUCAAGCUGUACGUACAUUUGGCCGUUAUCGUGGUCUUUUACUACGUUCACAACUUUUAGUCAUGUUAAAAGCUAAAAUAUUUCAAGAAUAUUCAUUAGAUGCACCAUGGAAAAAUUUAAAUUCAUUAUUCCGUAAUUCAUAUCCACGUUAUCCAAAUUUACAGCAAAUAAUGAAUGAAUUAACCACUGAUGAAUUAGAAAUGACAAUGGAUCUAAGACCAGUGAUGAAUCCAAGUGCCUAUACAAUAAGUCAUGCUGCAUCAUUGAAUCGUAUAUUUCGUUUGUUUCGUGCAUUAGGCUUACGACAUAUUGUCGUAUUGAAUGAUUAUAAUGAAGUGAUUGGUAUUGUUACCAGAAAAGAUUUAGCAUUUUAUUGUACGGUUAGAUUUGAUAAACAUUGAUUUAUUGAUUA